AUGCCGGACACUUUGGUGGAAUACGGGGAUGCUGUUCUUGUUUCUCAUCCAAUGAUACAUGGUAGAUUUCUGUCAAAGGGCCACACAUUUUACCGCACAGGUGAUGCUUUCCUGCAAUUUACUGUGAGCAGGUGUGGAUUUUUGUCACAAGCUGAUGCUAGUAGCACUGAAGAUGAUGAUGGUGAUGGUGACAAUGAUGAUGAUCACAUGGAGGUUGAAGAUCAGUUGACUGAGCUGGAUGCAGAUGGAGAUAGCGUUGAGUCUGAAACAUGCCUGUUGGAUUGUGUCCGGGAUGGCGAGAAACCAGAAUAUGAGCUGGAGUUGUUGGAUACCGAGAGUGUUCCAGCUGAGAAAAAAUCACGGAGUGCAAAGAGUCAAUAUGAACUAUUCAAGGCUGUUGUAAACGUUUCUGGUUUAUCCGUUGAUUCUGCUCUGAACAAGUGGGGGGUUGCAAGAGGUAAAGAAUUAAGCAGGAAAGAGAUUUUGUUGGCCUUGGUUAAUCUUCGAAAGCGUAAAAUGUAUGGAAAGGCUUUGCUGGCUUAUAAAAACGCCAAACAUCUGGCAAAUGGGAUUAGGGAGAGGAUGAAAGCUGAUAACGUAUUUUCCAACAGAGCUUUAUCUGACCAAUUUGCUGAAGUUGAUCCAUUUAGGAAAACUCCAGUUUCCAAUUUGCUUGAUUGA